UGGGUCCGGAGGCGCUCAAGCGGCGGCUGCGGGACGACGGCCACGGCGAGGCGGAGACGCUGGCCCGGGCCAUGGACGACGCUGGGGUCGUGCUGCUCUUCCGGGAUAAGGCCUACCUCCACCCCGACAAGACUGGCCCGACCCGAUCACUGCAAGCUAUAGGAUCUGGACAGGAGUUGGACGUCCAGGCCAACGCCAACUCUUCGACCGGUCUUGGACUCCUCCGCCGCCGCCGCUGCCAUGCUUGGCCAUCUCCGGCGAUCCUCCACCGUUCUUCGCCGCCUACCAAACGCCAGCUUCGCCGCCUCCGACCCUACCGCUUUCUAUGCGGGAUGGAGUUCACGUGCCGAGGCACUCUCCUUUGGUUCAUGUUGGUGCAUCAAGCAUAGUGCCAGAGAUUUCUCCGCAAAUGAUAAGAUUGCCAAUGGUUGUCAAGGGUAUCGGCAAUCAGAGUUGAAGCCUAGUACUGCCGUGAUGGACAACGAUGCAAUCAUCGAUCGCAUACAAAAGAGCACAAGCGGGUUGAAACAAGGGCCGGUUGGCCACACCCUUUCAUCAGCAGAGAAAAGGAAAUUUCUUAUCAACACUCUACUUGUUCUUGAAGAUUCAAAAGAAGCUGUUUACAGCACCCUUGAUGCAUGGAUCGCCUUUGAGCAGGAUUUCCCACUAGCCUCGUUAAAGCAAGCAAUUGUAGCUCUUCAAAAGGAGGAGCAAUGGCAUAGGAUUGUCCAAGUAAUUAAAUGGAUGUUGAGCAAAGGGCAAGGAAAUACGAUCAGAACAUAUGAGCAGUUAGUGCGUGCACUCGAGAAGGACAACAGAGCUGAGGAAGCACAUAAAAUCUGGGAGAAGAAAAUAGCCCAUGACCUGCAUUCAGUUCCUUGGUGUUUCUGUGGUCUUAUGUUGGCUAUUUACUACAGAAACAAUAUGCUAGAUAGGCUUAUCAAGCUCUUCCACACUCUUGAAGCAUGUGGUCGUAAAUGUCCUAGUAAAGAGUAUGUACGGAAAGUUGAAGUUGCAUAUGAAAUGCUUGGUCUAUUAGAGGAGAAGAACGGUUUGCUUGAGAAGUACAAGGAUUUGUACAACAAGCCAUCGGAUAGUGACAGGAAGAAAGGUCGACAAUUCAAGAAGGCUGAGAAGAAAUCUGCCGAGGGCACGGAACAAUGCGAGGAAACAUAUGAAGAUCAACCAGUUAAGACUUGCCCUUCAGAUAAGGAACCGGCUGCCAGCAGUUAGUCAAGAUACAAAAUGCAAUACUGAUGGCGCAGUCGGAAUUAGACAAGGAACUGAUGCAGCGGAUAGCCUAAUACUACCUCCAUCCCAAGGUUUAAGGCCUAUAUUUUUUUCAGAAAGUCAAAUUAUGUUAAGUUUAACUAAGUUUAUAUAAAAAUUAUUAACAUGUCAAAUAC